AUGUCAGCCAGUCCAUCACCACCCAGCUCACCUCAAUCAUCCACCAGUGCAUCGAGAAGAAAGCCGUUGCGUCCACCUUCCGUGGUUGUUGAGACGUUGGGUGCAACCACUUCAGAGACGAAAGAAGGUUUGCGCAAGAUCAAUAAUUACCUGCUUAAGAAGGAAAUUGGCAGAGGCGCCUUUGGUACAGUACAUCUCGGCAUUGAUGAAAAUACAAAUACAGAAUACGCCAUCAAAGAAUUUAGUAAAUCAAGACUGAGAAAAAAAGAGCAGAUGGACCUAUUCCGUAGUGGAGGUCCCCGUGGAAGAGGUCGUGGAAGAAUGAUGGGUCUAGGCGUAAACAGAAGUGCUCCUGCCUCUACCGCCUCAUCCAACCCUUUGGAUCUAGUACGUGGAGAACUGGCUGUGUUGAAAAAAUUGAAUCAUCCUCAUAUCGUCCGGUUGUAUGAAGUCCUGGAUGAUCCAUCAGGAGACUCGCUUUAUAUGGUGUUUGAUAUGAUGCAUAAUGGAGUCUUAAUGGAUAUUGAACUGGAUCAAGUGGCUCCACCUUAUACCGACGACAUGGCAAGAAGAUACUUCAAGGAAAUGAUGCUGGGUAUUGAGUACUUACAUGCAAAUGGUAUUGUACAUAGAGAUAUCAAACCCGAUAAUUUAUUGCUAUCCAAGGACAAUGUGUUGAAAAUUGUUGAUUUCGGUGUGUCUGAGAUUUUUGUAAAGGGAAAUGACAAACUCAAGAAAUCUGCGGGUAGCCCAGCUUUCAUGGCCCCUGAAUUAUGUAUCGCUAAGCAUGGUGAAGUGUCAGGAAAAGCAACUGAUAUCUGGUCCAUGGGCGUGACAUUGUACUGUAUGAUCUAUGGUAAGACACCCUUCGUGAGUGGCAAUUUGCUGGAACUGUACGAAAUGAUCAAGGACGCACCAAUCGAAUACGGCGAUGAUUUGAGCGACAACUUGCUCGACCUGUUUCAUCGCAUUUUAGACAAGAAUCCAGAUACUCGUAUCACCAUGAGAGAACUUCGAGAACAUCCAUGGAUCACCAAUGACGGCACUGAAACUAUGGUGUCCGAAGAAGACAAUUGUGAUAUUGUAUCUGAACCUACCGAAGAAGAAAUGAAUAACGCAAUCAAGAGCAUUGCCAGUAUAUUUGCAGUGAUGAAGGCAGUAACCAAGUUCAAGCGUCAUUCGCGUUCAUUAUCCCAGAAAUCUUUGAAUCAAAUGAUGGAGGAUGUGAAAAAGGAAGAUGAGCUCGCUGAAGCUACAAAAAAUCUGCAAAUUUGA